AUGGUUGCAUUGCUGGGCCGUGAUAUCUCACUAGGUCUGCCGGGUGUGGCUAUGAAAGAGGAAGAGAGAGAAUCAGUACCUAUCAAGACUUGUAAAAUUGCUUUCGAGGCAUUCAAAGGGAUCAAUGGAAAGAUGUGCGGUAGACCUAUUGUUAAAGGAAAGAAAUGUCAUGGCGGAAAAUUGAAGGAAAGACAAACAAAGAGAAACACAGGUCAACAUGCUCACUAUAUGAAAUACUCAUGCAUUCCCUUUGAAGCAAGGUGUGCAACGGAGAUUUCAUUCAACUCUGCAAACAGCAAUUCAAUCAAUUACUGGAUCAUUGAGAAGAUAACGCGCCUCGUCCAGAGUCUCAGGGCUAAGAGCCUAUUGCUUCCCUAUCCCGGGGACCCCACCACUCCCCAUGUUAGCCCCACAGCACAGAGUCCGGCGUACAGCAAUUUGGAUGCUGUUGACAUCGCACACGGCAAGGCAAGGACGAGGACGAGUUCUUUCUCCUUCACCUCGCUGUUGAUUUCCUCCUCCUAUCCUGUUCCUGCGUAUCCCGUCGCUAGGUGUGCUUUUGCAGUUGCGCAGAAAACUAUGUCUCCCCCAGCUCCUGCAAUUGCUCCCAGCGCAGGUUCCGCCGCAAAGGAUGUCCAGAGAGAAUCGGCGAUGGCUCGUCUGCUUGGUUCCGGUUCUUCUGGCAUUGCGGAACUCCUCAUUUUCCAUCCCAUCGCUAGCGUUUCCCAAUUGAACAAAGUCGUCUUCAAGGACUUCGCCGAUGCCUCCAUCGCUAAGAAGUUUACCUCUCUUUUCCCCGGUCUCGGAUAUGCCGCAGGAUACAAGGUAUUGCAACGGAUAUAUAAAUACGGCGGACAACCAUUCGUCCGGGAUUAUUUGGCCAAGAACCAUGGCUCUUCGUUCGACAAUGCAUUUGGCAAGGGUACUGGGAAGGCAAUCAUGCACGCCACAGCUGGAAGGAAUUUCGAGAACCCAGAGUCUGGCUUCCGGAUUGUCAGCAGCAUGAUCAGGAAUGAAGGUCCGACUAGUUUCUUCAAGGGAUUGACGCCUAAGUUGCUGAUGACGGGGCCGAAGCUGGUGUUUAGCUUCUGGCUUGCGCAGACGUUGAUUCCGGCAUUUGGGAAGGUUGUGUAA